AUGAAGAUGUUGAUUCAAGAGGUAUGGCGAGCCAAACUAGAUUGGGAUGAAGAGCUGCCCGAACCUUUGAAAUGCCAAUUUCAAAAAUGGUGUCAAAGCUUGCCGAAUCUAGCACGCAUCACAAUUCCGCGAUGCUUAGUAAAGGAAGAGCGCCCAACAACCCAGCAAGUUCACAUCUUUGCCGACGCCAGUCAACUAGGUUUUGGAGCAGUCGCAUAUGUGCGAACAACUUACGCAAGCGAGAGGGUUGGCGUAUCUUUCAUCAUGGCCAAAACGCACGUCGCGCCGUUAAAACAGCUGUCGAUCCCUCGGCUCGAACUUCAAGGAGCCGUCGAAGCUUUACACCUGGCCCUAAUAAUCUGCCGUGAGAUGAACCUGGAUCUGAGCCAAAUCACGUUUCACGUCGACUCUCAAACAGUUCUUAGAUGGAUCCAUUCUGCCAAUGUCAAAUACGAAGUGUUUGUGGGCAACAGAAUCGGAAAGAUCCUAAUGAACACCGACUGUCGACAAUGGCGCCAUGUUCCAGGAGUUAUGAAUCCAGCAGACGUUUGCAGCAGAGGAUUGGAUCCCGACAACCUCAAGGAAUUGCAGCAGUUUCACGAAGGGCCAGCCUUUCUGUUGUUGGAACCCUCAUCCUGGCCAAAGUGGGAUCAGAUCGAGCGCAACGACCAUCAAGAUCCCGAAGCCAUCCACGUCUACACAGUGAAAACGGAGCCGAGUAAUAACGCGAUCGACCAGUGCGUAGAAUACUAUUCGAACAAAGUGCGCCUGGAACGAGUGCUGGCGUGGUGUGUGCGGUUUAUUGUAAACUGUUGUGCCGAAGUAAAAAAGGUGAAGUUAACUUCAGGAGAGCUAACGCCGGUCGAAACUGAAACAGCUCUGGCAAUGUGCAUUCGGCGUGCACAAGAAGUGGCAUACCCCGAAGAUGUGUUGUUCUUAAAAAAGGGGGAAAAACUGCCAAACCGGUCAAAACUCAAGCAGUUUCGACCAUUCAUCGACGAACAACACCUGAUGCGUGUGGGCGGGCGAAUUGGGCACGCACCUGUUGACGUUGACGUUGAUGUCACAAGACACCCAGCCAUUUUACCUCCAGAGGAACGCAUCACAAGCCUUAUAGUUUGGGAUGCUCACGUUCGAAACUACCACAUGAAGGCCGACCGCUUAUUGUGCGAACUUCGAGCGAUGUAUUGGAUAACCUCUGGACGAAGAGUAAUCAAGUCUAUACUCAACAAGUGCAUUCCCUGCAAGAGGAGAGAUGUACAGCCAGUCGCACCCCUCAUGGCCCAGCUACCCAUCCACCGCAUAACGCCUUUCCUGCCUCCAUUCGCCCAUACAGGAGUCGACUAUUUUGGUCCAUUGACGGUCAAAGUAGGAGGGAGAGGGCGACGGCACGAAAAAAGAUGGAUUUGCCUUUUUACGUGCCUUACAACCCGAGCAGUACAUCUAGAAGUAACUGCUAGCCUCAGUGCAGAGGCAUUUUUAAUGGCCUUCUCUCGAUUCUCCAGCAUACGGGGAAAGCCAGUCGUUGUAUAUAGUGACAACGGCACAAAUUUUGUAGCUGGAGAAAGGGAGUUGAAAGAGGCAGUCGAAGAAUUAAACAACAGCAAAGACUACCUGGAAUCACAGUUUACGUGUCGACACAUCGAGUGGCGUUUCUCCCCGCCGAAUGGACCUCAUUUUGGAGGAGCUUGGGAAAGGCUCGUGCAAUCGUGCAAAAGAGCCAUGAAAGUAACCCUCGGAAAUAGUGUCGUCAGUGAGCAAGUCUUAAACACUGUUGUAGCUGAAAUCGGGGCAUUACUCAACGCACGACCGCUAACUCAUCUCAGCAUAAACCCCGAAGAUCCAGACCCUCUCACUCCGAACCAUUUCCUACAUGCCAGACCAAUGCCGUACAUCCCACUGGCAUACGUCGAUCUUGAUAACGUAGACAUCUCCAGAAACCAAUUUCUACAUAGUCAACUUAUUGUCAACCACUAUUGGAAAAGAUGGAUCACUGAAUGCUUACCUUACCUCGCCGAAAGGAAAAAAUGGACCACGAGUCACAAAAACAUCGAAGUGAACGAUAUUGUACUUGUUUUCGAUCCACUAAACCCUAGGGGGCAGUGGCCAUUGGGGAAAGUAGUCGAAAUUUUACCUAGCACGUCCGACAAUGUAGUACGUGUAGCUAAAGUAAAAAUUUCCGGCGCAAAAAAUACUUUAACGCGUCCUGUGACCAGACUAUGCUUGCUGUUAACGCAAAAUGGAAUUACACCUGAAACCAGUCAGACGCCCUCACUGCCAAAGUCGCUUAAAUGUGAAAAGGAGGAAAAAAUCCAUCCAAUUACCGCAGUUGACAAUCAAAUUGACGGUGUCAAGAAUCGCCCUCUAGUAGACACUUUUGUAAUUGCCAAAGGGUAA